CGGGAUGGCGGCCCCAGGGCUGGAGCGGCACCGGCUGGCGCUGCUGGCGGCCCGGGAGGACGUGGGGAAUCCCCGGGCCGGGACCAACUGGGCUGUGUUUGCCUACGAGAAGCACCAUGACCUCAGGCUCCUGGACUCGGGAGCCGGGGGUCCGGAUGAGCUGGGGGGCAAAUUCUCCCCCACCAGCAUCAUGUACGGGUUGUGCCGCAUCCCAGACCCUAGCACUGGCCUUCCCCGUGUUGUCCUCAUCCACUGGGUGGGGGAGAAGGUUCCAGAAUCCCAACGCCUCCAAUGUGCUGGGCAUAUGCCGGUCAUCAGGGAGUUUUUCAGGGAGGCCAGCGUGGUGCUGAGCGCCCACCGCCCCGAGGAGGUGACACAGGAGGGGCUGAGCAGGGCGCUGACACAGUUGGCUCCCACCGCAGCCCCUCCCGCCAGGAAGGGAACCCCCCCCGAUGCCCAGGAGCUGGUGGGCACCAACUACCGCAAGACCAACCCGGCGCUGGAGAUCCGCAGGACCCAGCGGGAUUCCUUCUGGGCACAGGCCGAGCGGGAGGAGGAGCAGCGGAAGGAGCAGGAGCGGCAGCGGGAACUGGAGAGGGCCCGGCGGUGGGAGCGGGAACGGCGGGAGGAGGAGCGGCGGGGGGCGGCGGAGCGGGAGCGGCGGCUGCAGGAGAAGGAGCGGAUGAUCGAGGAGCAGCGGAAGGAGCAGGCACGGCUGGAGGCGGAGGAGAGGAGGAAGGAGAAGGAGCGAUGGGAGCAGCAGCAGCGGGAGCACGAGGAGGCCAUGCGGGAGCGCGGUCGGCACAGUCAGUCCAUCGAGAAGGCAGCUGAGGCAGCUGUCCUGGUGUCCCAGCGUUCGCAGAACCCACGGGAUUUUUUCCGCCAGCGGGAGCGCUCAGGGUCCACCUCAGGCCCACCACCACCUACCACCCCCCUUGGCACCAGGCCCGGUGCCCGUCGGCCAUUCCUGCGGUACCAACGCAGCCUGACUGAGUCAGCCUUCAUCUUCCGCCGGCCGGACCCCCCGCCCUCACCCGGACCCCCCCAGCCUGGGACCUUCAGGGCUGAACCCCCCCCCAGCCCCCGGAAGCCCCAACCUCCCCUCCCUGCCAGCCCCAUCGGGAGGGGAACCCCUUCUGGUGCCCCCAUCAGCCCCAUGGAGAAACAGAUCUCUCCCUCUGCCCCCCUGGGGACCCUCCCCAGCCCCACGGGGACAGGGACCCCCCCUAGCCCCACAGGGACAGGACCCCCCCAUGCCACAAGCCCCAUAGGGACAGCCCCCCUGGCUCCCUGUACCACCUUGGGGCCCCUCAGCCUUGGGGGUGCAGGGGCAGGGCCUCCCUCCACCAUUCCUGGUCCAGGGCCUCUGCCCUCCCCCAGUUCCCCCCCAUCGGGGUCCCCUGGCAGCCUUUGUGGGGUAGAGCACCUACCCCCCUGCAGCACUCCUGGGCUGGGGCCCCCCCACAGCCCCCCGAUGCAGUCCCCCCCGGGCACCGAGGAGCCCAAGCCUCUGCCUCGCCCCAACCUCCCGCGGGAUGAGGACAGGCCCCCCCUGGACAGCUUCCCCAGCCCUCCCUCAUGGGGGUCCCCAGAGCUGCCAGUGGAGCCAGGUGAGGGGGUCCCGAGUCCCCGGGGAGGGUCUCCCAUGCCUGGGCUAGUGCCUGUCCCAACACCUGGAGCUGGAACCCCCCCAUGCAGCCCCAGCCCCCCCAGGGAGCAGGACACCCCCCAGGCCAACUCGGGGCACAAUGGCAUUGGGGGGCAUGGGCAGGGGAGCUGGCCAGACCCCUGGGAGCAGGACCCCUCCCUGAGGCAGGGGGAUGAGUCCAGUGACAACAUCGUCCUGCCACAGCCCCUGCACAAAGGCUCACCAGGCUUCGCGCUGCUGCUGCCCAAGGGCCGACCCCCUCCUGCCGAGGACCAGGACCACUCCCCCCACGCCGUGUAGCCACGGGGGGGUCAACCCAUGGCACCCAGUUCUGUGACCCCACCACGACCGCAUCCCCAUCCCCACGACCCCCCCAGCACAGCCCCCCUGCCUUCACUUCCAGCUCCCCUCUCCCCCCCAUAUAUGCAACCCAAUAAGCAGCUUUGGCAGGGAGCCGGUGCCCCCCCCCAACACCUCUGGUGGUGACACAGGGCAGGGGGGACCUGGAGACCACUCCCCAGGGAGGCCAGGCCGGUGGAGGGACCCCCUUACGCUACCCCCAGUCCCCCCCAAGCACACAGCAGCUG